AACAAAGUUAAAGUGAAAAGUUUUUAUAAAUUGUGGCGCACAAAUUAAUAGAAGAAAGUUUUUCACUUUUAAUGGCAAAAAGUGUUUAAAUGUGUGCACUUAAGUAAUCCCAUAAAAUCAAGAAAAUCGCACAUAGAACGUCAAAUUUCUAUAAAAUCAACGAAAUCAAAUUUUGGUAACAUCUCAAGCAAACAAACAAAAAAGAAGCAAAAAGUCGUAAUGUCAUCGUCAAGUUCUGAAAUUCCUGUGAAUCCCAGCUGGACAGUAGCGAGCAGCGAGAGUAGCACUGAAUCAACUAGUAGCAGCGGACUUAGUAGUUCAACAGUUGCUACAAUUGUGGAAACUGUAAAAACUUUUGUAACUACCAGCUCGACAACACUUAAUGCAGCAACGAUCAGUACAGAUAAUAUCGCUCCACACUCGACCUCAAUGGGAAUGGAAAGUUCCUCUGCCGUUACCGCUGCUAUGGAACACAACACGCCUGCCAACAAAAUGAAUGUGGCCGAUUUGAGUGCUUCAUUGCAGCAUUUUGGUUUCGUUGAUUAUUUUGUAUUUGUGUUAAUGCUUUUGGUUUGUGCCGUAAUUGGGUUUUACUUUGGUUUUGUUGAGAAGAAAAAGAAGAAGCGAAAUAUGGAGGAGCGUCGUGGUUCGGAGGCUUUGGACUAUCUGGUGGGUGGCCGAAAGAUGAAAGUAUUUCCGGUGUCAUUAUCAUUGGUGGCCAGUUUUGUUUCUGGUAUUUCGUUACUUGGCACUUCCACGGAAAUUUAUGUUUACGGCACUCAGUACGCUUUUAUAUUGAUUACACUGGCCUUGUCUGGAGUUAUAUCCUGGUACGUGUUCCUGCCGGUAUUCUGCAACCUACAAUUAACUUCCACUUACGAGGUACGUACAGCAUUGGUCAAUUCAAUAUUUAUUGCACUUAUUCUACACAAAUGCACGUUGUUGUUGGCGCUUUUUGUAUGAUUUGCUUGUUUUUGUGUUUGUCUUACUGCAAAAUUGGAAACGAAAUUGGAUUCUCAUAGACUUUGUGUAACCAGGCAUAGAUAGUCAUACUCAAAUAUCCUUUUUUUCCUUCAUGCAAUCAUUAAAUUUAAAUACAUACUAAAAUCAAUAACAUAAGAAUAUUUACUUUAAGUUCUAAAAAUUUCUCAUACCAAUUUAUCAAAAUAAAAUC